GUAAUGAACCACACGGGCGAACGUCCCUAUAAGUGUACGUGGCCGGGCUGUGAAGCUAACUUCACGUCAUCCGAUUGUCUGCGAUCUCACCAGAAGUCUCACAGCAAUAACCGUCCGUAUAGGUGCGAUUGGCCGGGGUGCGACUCGGCGUUCAAAGCGAACCGCGCGCUCACCAUUCAUAAGGUGAUCCACACGAACGAGAAGGUGUUCCGCUGCAUAUGGGAGGGCUGCGACUUCCGGUGCAACCGCUACCACAUACUGGCCACCCAUAGGCUCAGCCACACGGGCGGCAAGAAGUUCGGGUGCAGUUGGCCGGGCUGUGAGUCCAAGUUUGAUAGGCGUAACAAANGCAAGAAGUUCGGGUGCAGUUGGCCGGGCUGUGAGUCCAAGUUUGAUAGGCGUAACAAAUUGGAGAUGCAUUUAAUGAUACACAGGGGCGACAAACCGCACAAAUGCGAGUGGCCUGGCUGUGAGAAACGGUUUGUCGAGAAGGGCAAUAUGCGUAAGCAUUAUAAUAGUGUUCACGCCAAGGCC